AUGCCGUUCGAGCUCAGCUCGGAAGCGCAACGAAGAUUCUCGAGAGAGCCGCAAAGUUCUGACGCAUCACCCCGCUAUAACUUACCCCCCUCUAUUCCUUACCUGCCGCCGCUGCGAUCUCUAACAAGUACCCGACGACCUUCGGCAAUGCCUCCGUCCGGUCUAUCACGAGCACGCGCGGCGGACCGCAUGUACGCGGCAAGGUUGCGGACUGCGCAGAGGAAUCGGGGCGAGACCAAUGACGAAGCGGGCGAGUUCUGGGAGCGAUUAGAACCCUUUGACAGGGGUUCGCGUGGUACCCGACGCUCCGCCACCGGCCAGAUUGCCGAUUCGCAACAAUCUUCCUUAGACGAGGAACGUUUACGGGAAGAUACAAAUUCUGAGCUACGAGCGCUUUUGGAUUUUACUCAUCCUCCCGGCCACCCUUAUUCUGAUCUUACAUUUUCAACGUUACCGCCAGCGCCACCGCCACAGGAUCCAGCAGAGGAUAAUCGUCGAGUCAAGAGGCGCAAAUUAGACUCUGAUCGUCUGUCUAGCAGUUUCCAAGGUUUUCGAUAUGGGAAAUAUGGACAAGUGGAACCGGGUCAACUGACUAUGGAGUUGGUGAGCUGCGAUGGGGGCAUCUUUUCCGACGAUGGCCAGAGAUACGCAGCUGAGAAUAUUCUCAAAAAUGAUCAAACCGUCUACUGCACCGAAGGACCAAGAUGCAAUAUCAUACUGAGACACCAAGGUGCUACUGUCUUUACGCUAAAGGAGUUAAUUAUAAAAGCCCCCAGGUCUAAUUUUACUUCCCCUGUACAGGAAGGUAUGGUCUUCGUUUCGAUGACGUCUGACCAUCUCCUGACACGGACGGCCCAGUACCAAAUUCAGUACUCGGCUUCUAGAAAUUCACCUAGGCGCGGGGAGCGGGAUAGCCAACCCCUGACACCUAUUUUGUCCGUUAGGCAUAAUGAAGAUGGAAGCACCAUGACGCACGCACAAAUUAGAGCGAGGCGACUAUAUAAUAUCGGCAUGGACGAUGAAGACAACAACGUACGAGUUGCUCAGAUUCCCUCUGAAUUUAAUGUAGCACCACCCCCAUUUAGAGUCACUACGGAAUGUAGUGACGACGAGACGGAUGACCCGACUCCGAGGGGAGAUUGGCGGCCGCCCAAUAGGAUUGGGUCCUUGCCAUUCGAGAGUGAAACAAGCGACGAUGAGGGCAAUACGAAUGAUAAUUCAUUCAGCGAAGCAUAUCAAAGAUUCCGGCGGCAUCGUAAUCGACCGAGUACUGCACUGGAAGAGGCGGUGGAGGCUGCACAGGUGGCUACGCAGGAGGCUGUCCGUGCCGUGGGCGGGGAGAUGAUGGUUCCUUACGCGCGGUUCUUUAUUGAGAGGAACAAAAGCAAGUGUACUAUUAAGUUUGAUCCUCCGGUUUCUGGACGGUUUAUAUUGUUGAAGAUGUGGAGUCCGCAUCGGGAUCCGAGUGAAAAUAUCGACAUACAGGCGGUCAUCGCCAAAGGGUUUGCGGGACCGAGAUAUUUCCCAUCAGUGGAGUUGAGAUGA